GCUCCAGCCUCCAGACCGCAGCGAUUUCGAGCCGUACACGUGCUGCCAGGAUGGACAAGGCAGCCCAGGAGCUCGCGGACACGGAGGACCGCCUGGCCAGCGAUUUACAAGUGCUGAGCGACGUCUUCGUCGGCCCGCUGCGCGCCUGGGCGCCGCAGGUCAGCGCGGAGUUGCCACGCUUGGAACAGACGCUCGAGCGGCUCUUCGGUCCAUUGGAUGAGGUCUGCGCAUCCUGCGGCGAAUUCGCGGCGGAACUGCGCGAGGCCGGCGCGACGGCGACGUGGGCCGAGUGCUUCGAGCGCCACGAGACGCAGCUUGCCAGAAGUUAUGGAGCGUACGCAUUAGGAUAUGCGCGCGCCUGGCAGGAUUUGGCGGCGAUGCGUUCUUCUUCGGUCGCCCUGGACGCCUUCGCGCGCGCGUGCGAGCUGCAGCCGGCGAAUCAACGGCACUUGACUCUAGCUUCACUGGCCAUCAUGCCCGUGCAGCGGCCGCCGCGCUACGUCUUGCUGUUGGGCGAGCUGGGCAAGCGCCUCGAGAAAGCAAACGCGGAUGCGACGAACGCGUGCCGAGCGUUAGAAUGUGCGAAGCGCGUGGCGAAAGCCGUCGACGAGAACGUCGAAAGGGAGCACGCGCGGCGCGCCUCGACGUCGCGCGCCGCGGCGAAUUUCAAGAAAUGUGCAGAGACCGAGGCCUGGGGCGCGCUGAACGCGGUCCGGGACGGGCCCCUCUUACGCAUCACGAAGCACGGGCCCGUCGACGCGUACGCCGCGCUCUUCGACGACCGGUUGUGCUACGGCGACGCGAACAUGAAGGAUCGGGCCCUUCAGAAAAUGGGCGCGGCGCCGGAGUCCCCUGGUAAAGAGGAGCGCUACGUGCUGCACCGCACGCUGAAACUGGAAAAUGUCUACUGCUGCCGGUCGGCGACGGAGUCGCGGGGCGGCGCCGGCGACGCGCGCGGCCUGGCGCCCUGGGAAUUACUCAUAGUGUCCGCGCAAAAAAGCUUUGUAUUGGGGGCGGAGAGCGCCGAGGCGGCCGCGGCGUGGCGCGACGUGAUUAGCGACGCGGCAUCAAAGCGCCGCGCCGCGCUCGCCGUUAAAGACGCGCCGCCGCGCGCCGUCAAAGCUUUCGUCAAGCGCGGCGCCGAGACGCGGGCGACGGACUUUGAUAUCGUGGGCCUCGCCGGCGAUUUGGUCGCGCGGCCGAGCGGCGCGCGGCGCGACCUUGGUCCGAAGAUCUCGCACACGUCGCACACCCUGGCUCAGACAAAAACGAUGCCGCUGCCGCGGCCCCCUGGGUUGGCUCCGCAAACUUAUGAGGCGGAGCUGCCGCCUCCCUCAUCGCCGCCGCCGCCGCCGCGGCCCCCGCCCCUGCAAUUACCAGAUACAAACGAUGACUUCGUGGUCACGGUGCCCGUCGACCUCCAGCGGGGUUUAGGUUUGGAAUUGCGGAACGGCGCCGGCACGGUGGAGGUCGCGGCGCUCGCGCCGGACUCGGUCUGCUCUCCCCAAGUUCGGCCCGGCGACGUCCUAUUAAGUGUGGGCGACGAAUUUGUACAAACGACCGAGGACGUCGUCGCGAAACUGCGCCAGCGCCGCGCGGACGCGGCCGUGUCGCUGAGGCUGCGGCGGUCGGCGGCGCCCUCCACGAACCCGUUCAUGCCCGGGUCUCCAUUGAUAUCGCCGCCGGUAUCCCAGGAGCCGGACGCGGCGUCGUGCGAGGACCUCAUCCAGAACGUCGUGGCCAUGGGCUUCGGCGAGCACGACGCCAUGAAAGCCGUCGCCGCGGGGCGGCGCAACGUCGACGCGGUCGUGAACUGGAUUUUGGAUAAUGGCGGUCCCGUCGAGGAAGACCCGGACCUGGCCUUCGCGCGGCGGCUCCAGGCGGAACAGCAGUCGCCGCGCGGCAGCAAUCCUUUUGAUUCUGGUCGGCAGCCGCACGUCGCGGGCAAUCCGUUCGCGUAAACUAGUUUUGUGGUAUUCCUAAUUACGCGCUCCGCCCUCACAGGCGUUG